AUGGAACCUUCAGAUGGACCUGUGCUGCCGACUAAGGGUUCAGAUGAAUUCAAGCCUUUCAUUCGUCGCCUCCCAGAGUUUAAGUUUUGGUAUGCCGUUACAAAAGCUUUCUGUAUAGCAUUUUUUAUGACAUUCUUUUCCAUGUUUGACAUCCCUGUCUUUUGGCCCAUCUUAUUGUGCUACUGGAUUGUUCUUUUUGCACUCACAAUGAGGCGUCAAAUCACGCACAUGAUCAAGUACAAAUAUAUUCCAAUCAACAUUGGAAAGCAGAAGUACAGUGGGAAAAAAUCUUCUGCAAGUACCAGCAGCUCCCGAGCAGACUGA